CCUUGCCGGCUGCUGUGUGUCGUUGUUUACAUCCAGAAUUUUUUGGUUCGAGAACGGAAACCGUUGAACGGUGAUUUUGCAGUUUUAGCUGGAUUAAAAAUUCUGCAUUUUUAGUUGUGUGUGUCUGUGCUUCGGUAGCAAUGUCAGGACAUAACUGUGAACAUGAACACCACGAACAUCCAGUAGGUCCAGAGGCUGGAAUUGAGUACUCUCUUUACACCAAAAUAGAUACUGACAAUUUAGAGUGCUUAAAUGAACAUAGUGAUGGUGCUGGACGGUCUAUUUUCAAGCCAUGGGAAGAUCGUCUAAGUAGAGACAAGUUUGUCGACAGUGAUGCUGACGAAGAACUUCUGUUUAACAUUCCAUUCACGGGAAAUGUGAAACUGAAGGGAAUUAUUUUGAUUGGAGGAGAGGGUGAAAUGCACCCUUCAAAAAUGAGACUGUACAAAAAUCGCCCAAAGAUGUCAUUUGAUGACACAUCUGUAGCCCCUGAUCAGGAAUUUGAAUUAGCUCGGGAUGAGAAUGGAUCGCUUGAAUAUCCCAUCAAGAUUGUGAAGUUUUCAUCUGUACACCACUUAACUAUUCAUUUACCAACAAAUUUUGGCGAUGAUGUGUCCAGAGUGUACUAUAUUGGACUUCGAGGCGAAUGGACUCCAGCGCACCAUCAUGGAGUGACGAUUUGCACGUAUGAAAGUGCUCCUAAUGUUUCAGACCACAAGAAAAAUGUAAUGGAUGAUGUAUCUCAUCAAAUAAUGUAAUUGCUUCAUCAACGACCAACAAAAAAUAAAAAAAUAAACUGUACCUCAAAUCUAA